AUGAGCUUCGGCGGAUGGCUCGCGCAGGAGGCCCUGCACACCGUGUCGCAGGGGGCUCUCUUGUGGGCGGCGCGGACUGAGUGCCCGCCGUGCACCUGCAAGCCAUCGCUUGUGUGCGGCACGGGGCAGGAGGCCUUGAGGCUGGAUUGCCCGGCGUCGACGGGGGCCUGGCCGCUGUCCGCCGUGUUGCUGGCCCUGGUGUGCGGGGUCGGAGCAGGCGCGGCCCUUGGGCGGCUGCUCGUGCCAGCGGCGCCGAUCCAGACGACCCGCCGAGUCGAGAGGCUCGAGGAAGAGGAGGCCCGCCAUCCCCUCGCCACCCUCGGGCUGGACGAGGGCGACUUCGUGCUGAUCAGGUACCAGGUGGGCCCCCCCCCUUUCGGCACGGGCAUCCUGACGCCGGACGGGCACGGGUACGUCGAGGCAAUCACCACCGGCGGCAUUGACGUCGCCGGCUUUUGUGUCCCCGCGGGGGGUGCUGCGGGGGGUGCCUCUGCAGCUACAGGCGCCGAUCAGGUGUACCGCUUCCGGGCGCUGCCCUUGCCCGCCGCCGUGGCGGAAGCCGCCAGCACCACCCGAGCGUCACUCGGCUUGGCCCCAGGCCCCCCAGUCGCCCUGAACACCGCCGGUCGCGUGAUCAUCGGCGUCGGCGUCGCAGCGGCUGCUCCCGCCGCUGGAGGCGCGGCAGGCGGCCCAGCGGCUGGGGGCUUGGCGGGGCUCGCAGCGGCGCUCGGAGGGGGGGCGCCUGGGGUGGGGGAAGCCGCUGCUGGUGGAGUCGCCGGCGGCGCCUUGGUGCCCGCCCCGGCGCCCGCGGCGGCCGCGCCAGGAGGCGCCCUGGCGCCGAUGGCCACGGCGCCAGCAGUGGGCGCCCCUCCGGCCGCAGGCCCUGCCGCUGGCGCUGCCCCAGCCGCCGCCCCGCCGGGCGCCUUGACUGGAGCGCCCGUUGCGCCGGGGCUGGGCGCGGGCGGCCUGGCGAACGCCCUGGCAGCGGUUGCGGCAGCCCCAGGUGGCGACGCGAGGAUGCAGGCAGUCAUCCUGGAUCCACAGGGGGUUCGCUACAUUGACUUCAGGGCUGCGGUGCUGCGUAUGCACGAGUUGCCGUGGGCCGACUGGCCCCUCAAGGGUACGCCACUCGGACGGCAUCUGAAGUGGAAGGCCGAGGCGUACCUGGACGAGGAGGACCUUGGCGUCGACGUGCAUCUUCUGUGCUGCAGGUUGCUCGAGUACAGCGUGGUAUAUGAUCAAGUUCAUGCGACGAACUUGGCCUCCGUGGAGUUGGUCGGCCGCGCCUUGCAGACCCAGGAGGAGCUCUACCGAGACAGGUUUGCGCCGUCCUCCGAGCACGGCAACGACGCUGCCUUGCUCUCGGGCGUCCAGGACGCCGGCGGCAUCAUCUGCAUGGCACCUGCGCUUCGCGACUGGCUAGCGGCCGAGAAGUCUCGUGAGGCCGCCAUCGCCAAGGAGAGGCGCAAGGACCGCGUGCGGGCCGCCACUAAUGCAUUGAAUUCACUCUAUGGCUUUGAGUCCUCGCCCACUGCUCCGGCACAUGGGGGGCAGCGCCAAGCCAUCAUGCACAUCGAGAACAGCAUCAGGGAGCUGGGGCCACCGCCGCCCGAGUUCACCGACAACCGUGCUGCUCAAGACGGAGCCCUCCGAGAGCUCCUCUCCUGCGCCAAGCUGUGCGGGUCUGGCGCCGCCUCGCCAUCCCCUUGCGUCCGCGAUCGUGUCGCAUGGCCCGCUGGUAGUGCUGCGCCCGUCGACCUGAUCGACCUUGUGCAGCCUCAGGACAGGGCAUGGCUGGAGGGAUGGCGGAGCCAUAUGCUUCGAGAUCGGCGCGCCGCCGAGGCCCUGGCGCAGUCUGCCUGCCCACGCGGGCCCUACUGCGAUCCGAGCCUGGUUCGUGAUGCGAGUAUGUACGGCGAGUUUUUGAGUCAGAUGUACCAGAGGCAGAUGGCCACCUUCGCGGAGGAGAUGGGCUUGAUCGACCUGGACUUCGACCCGUCCACGCGCGUGGCGCCCAUGGUCACUGUUCUCCCGAUGGGUUUCUCGUGGGCGCUGCACUUCUGCCAGUCUGCAGCGCGCGCAGUCCUAGCUGCGAGCGGACGUGAGAGGGUCAUGGCCGCGCCGGACGGCCAGCCGGGCGUUGUGGUCACGGGCCCCGUCUCCGUUGGCGUCGGCGCCUACGUCGACAACAUCUUGGCGUUCGGCGCUGACAAGAGCGCGGUCGACCGGGUCAUGGCGCAGCUUGUGUCUGCCUUUCGCGCCCGAGGGCUGCCAGUGCACGAGAUCGAGCCCGCCGCCUUGGGCGCGGACUUCUUGGUUCUCAGCCUGAAGCACGGGAGUGGCGACGUGAGGCGGGCAGUGCUGGGGCACGUCGCCUGGACAUCGAUGAUGCGCCGCGAGGCCCUCGCUGUUCUCCAGCGCGUCUACAGCUUCGUGGCGGCUUACGGCGAGAGGCAGGGCAGGAUAUGGCCGUCGGCGGCGAAGGAGCUGGUCACUAUUCGAGACCUGCUUCCCCUCUUGUCCUGCGACCUCGCCUCGAGCUGGCAUCGCGCGAUGACUGCCAGCGAUGCCUCGCCUUUCGGUCUCGGGGUGAUGCGCCGCCGCGCCCCGCGCCCCGCCUGUGCCGCCAUUGGCCGUUGUUCAGAGAGGUGGAGGUUCAAAGUUGAGGGCGGGCACCAGGCCCGCCUUCGGUCACUGCGAGAGGGCGGUCUAGACCAGCUCAGCCCUGUGCGAGAAAAUGCUGCCAUUGCUGACUUUCUUCCUACGUCGGAGCGAUUGAAGUCAGACAUCCAACAUGACAGCCCUGCGGGUUUCCCUGUGUGUCCGCCGCCUUCGGGUGCACUCAAGGACCGCUGUGUUCGGCAAGCCCGACGCGACGACCCCCGCCGGGAGCUCAUGGGCCUGCGCGUGGACCCUCGCGCGGAGCUCGCAGGCCAGCACGAGGACCCCUACUACUCCAUGGGCCAGCACGGGGACCCCUACGAGGAGCUCACGGGGGUCAACGAGGUGCUCGUUCAGUCUCCCAGUGGCGCCACUUGGGCUCAUGCUGCUGCGGUCUUGGGCGACCCUUGGGAGAUGGACGAGACCCCUGGUCAUAUUACUCGGGAGGGCGCUUGGAGCUCGGUAUCAGCCCAGUCGGUCUCUACGGGGGCCAACGUGCUCUACCUGGAGGGGGGGGGGGCGCUGGUCACUUCGCAUCGGCAUCAGCUCCGCAGUCUGGGCGCUCAUGGGGCUCGUUUGGUCGCGCUCGUCGACAACCUCCCACUAGCUCUCGCUUGCGCGAAGGGGGGGGCUCGGUCAUUGCAUUUGCGGUCGUGCCUGAAUCAGUUGUGUGCUUUGUCGCUCGCCACGGGCUCGAAGCUCUUCGUGCGCUGGAUUGCCUCAGAGCGCGACCCAGCUGAUGCCCUCAGCCGAGGGAAGCUCGGCUGGUUCAACGGCCAUCGUCAGCUCAGCCACGCGAGGGCCCGCCAUGGGCGCCGUGGUGCUCGUGCUGCUGUUCGGGCCCCUGCUCGAGGUGCGGGCCAUGCCGCGGCGGACGGGGCCUGCGCCCUCAGCCCGGACGCACCACCGCGCGAAGCUGGCGUCGGCUGCGGCGCGCGGGCGGACACUUGCGGGCUCUUUGACGCUCCUGGAGCAGCUGGCGGCGCGGCCGACCACGGAGGGCCUCUAUCGCCAGCUCCUGCAGACGUUCAUCGCGUACUGCUCAGACCGGCGGCGGACUGGGGCAACCUGGGCGAGUUAGACAACCUGCUCGCCGAGUACUUCACCUCGCGGUGCAUCUCGGGGGCGGCGGCGAGCGUCGGGUCGCAGACGGUCGCGGCACUGGCUCAUUGCACUCUCGGUCUCCCGAGGCAGGUGAGCUCGCUCUUGCUCCGCGCCUCGCGAGCGAUGCAGGCGUGGCGGAGGAUGUUCGCUCUGGCAGCUGCGGCGCUUGGGAUAUCGCAGCUGCGGCCUCACCUGUGCGGCAUGCGACGCGGCGGAGUGAGCGACGAUUUGCUGACCCAGCGGCGGUGCGCCAAAGAGACGGCCCUCUUGCGCGAGCUGCAGGGAGUCCACCCAGACGUGUACGCCUUCGGCGACCUGGUCGCGCAGCAGCUCAUCCCAGCCGGCCUGGCGCCCUCCGUCCUGUCCGGGCCGGCUGCCGUCAGCCGCGGCUCCCUGUGCCGGCGGCGCGUCGUGCUGGGGCUCUUCAGCGGGAGCGGGCAUUUCACAGCGGCCGCCCGCCGACUGGGCCUCUCGGCGCUCGGCUUGGACGUGCGACAUUCGCCGCUGGAAGACCACCUUUGCCGUGAUUUCGAACGGGUAGUGACUGGUUGGCUCCGCAGCCGCGCAGUCGCGGCAGUCUUCUUCGGCGCGCCGUGCACGACGUGGUCGCGGGCCCUUCGGAAGCCGCUCAGGACGCGCUCCCAGGCCACGGGCAUCGACGGCCUCUCGACCUCUGAGGCCUCGAGGCUGGCCGCGGGCAACGCUUCCUUUUAUUUCGCAUGCCGCGUCAUCCGUUUGUGCUGCAUGCUUAACAUGCCAGCGCUGCUGGAAAAUCCCACUAGCUCUUUGAUGUGGCAUGCCGAGCCGCUUGCGCCCCUCAUUAUCUCAAAGAACGCCCGUGCGUGUGAUUUUGAUCAAUGCCAAUUCGGGACCUCCUGGAAAAAGCGCGCCAGGAUCGUGGCUUGGCAGACAGGGCCGCUUUUAGGGCUUGAUCGGCUCUGUCAGGGCCGCAGGGGGAUUUGCUCUCGCACCGGCGACAGGCGCGCAAUUCUCACUGGCCAGGCCCCUGAGGGCUGUAAAUACACCGCGCUGGCUGCCGCCUACCCCGCUGGACUGAGCAUGGUGUUGGCUAGAAUUGUCAGGGACGCUGUGUUGCAAAGACCUAGGAGAACGUACUGGCACUUUGCGCAGAAGGACACCGCGCGCCCGUGGCACUUGUUCCUGUGGGGCGAAAGAUGCCCAUGUCGCGCGCGUGCGUGCGCCCAGGCCCGCCUGCUGUGCGCCCAGCGGCUGUCGGAGAAGCGCGAGGCGCUCUCACGCUGGGAGCAGGCGCUGGCGCGCCGGGAGGCCGCCGUGGCGGCGCGGGAGCGGGCCGUGGAGGCCUGGCUGGAGGGGCGCGCGGGGAAGUGGGCGGAGCAGAGGGGGCGAGGCGCGGGCUGCGCGGCGGGCAUCUCGAGCGGCUGCAAGCCGAUACACGAGCGCAGCAACGAGCAAGUCAUGGUGCUCGCGGGCGCCCGCCGCCGCUUCGGCUGCGGCAGCCGGCACACGCCAGCCGCGCGGGCGGCCGAGGCAUUGUUUGAAGCAUUUUCUGGCCCUGUAGACAAGCCAGAGGCGGUCGCCGCCGCCAAGGGAGGGGCCGCCGGGAACCCAGCGACUCAGGGUCUCUCCCGCCAGUGGUCUGGCGGCGAGCCUCUCCACCGCGUGUUGGGAGCGCAGCGCUCCUCAGCCAGCCAGAUGCCGUGGAACCUCGACGACCUGGAAGAUGACGACGAGUUUGCGGAGGUGGACCCCUCGAUGCAGGAGCAUCUGCACAACAUGCAGACUCCAGAUAUGCGUUUCCAGCACACGGAGACGCUCGACUCCCUGGCCGAGGAGCCCCUGGAGCCCCUGGAGCCGUACACGUUCCCCGAUCCGAGGCCCGGGAAGACGCCCAUGAUCUUCCUCAAGAUCGAGGGAGUGCUGGCCCCUCAAGACAGCGCUAUCGCGGACGAGCAGCUGUCGCAGCUGAAGCGCAUCGUGGACGCAUCGAAAGCCCAGAUUGUACUGACCUCCGGUGACCGCUCCGUCAAGUCCGUGCGACAGGCGGCUGAGGCCCUGGAGGGCGCCGGCAUCGUCGGCCUGAUCGGCAUGACGGACUCCCUGGAGGCCGAGUAUGACGGGUCGGACCUUGCAGAGUUGCGCGUCAACGAGAUCGGCACGUACCUGGAGGAGAAGGAGGACUACAUCGACGAAGACCACUGGGUCGCUCUCGACGACUGCGGGCUCGACACGGAGACGGAGGACGGGGUCAAGCACACGGUGCAGACCGACCGCCUCAAGGGGCUCACCGCGACGGACGCCGACGCGGCCAUCUCGCUGCUCACUGCGGCGGCCCCGGCCUGAGGGAUCUUUUUUGUCGGCGCUGGCGAGCUUGCUCUUCAGCGCCGCGCGCGGAGUCCCUGCGAGGGGCGGCCCUCCGGCGGUGGACCUCCGGAGGCCCCCAGUGGGACUUUGCCAGGGAAGGCCUCUGGAGGG